CCUGAGUCACCUCUCCAUACCAUAGAGCUGGAAGGGGUUGCUGUCAGGGGUCCAGGAACUCCUUUGCCUAGAAGGAAAGCUAGCAGUGACCAACUGGGAGGGGGACAAGAGCAUGUGGCUGGAUUGGAAGUGGCCACGAAGGUCACAUCUUGCCUGGUGUCCUCACCUCCUGACACAGGGGUCUAAGUAUCACUGUGAUCCCUGCCAGCGUCCAUGAGACAGGCAAGAGAAAGAGUGCUUUGUGAAGGCCCUGCAGUAGAGGACAGACACAGAAGUGGAACUUCACGAAGAAGCUUGAUCCCAGGGCCACUGGAGUCUGAGGACCAGUGGAUGGAGAGCCAUGAUAAUCCAGCACCAUGUUCCAGGACAGUUCUGUAUGAACUUCUCAUAUCCAGGAAAUGGAGCAAGAGGAAAGCCAAGCAGAAGGCAUCCAUUUCCAGCACCCUCAACACCUUUUCACAGGACGGGGCUAUUUCACAGGGAGAAUGGCAAUCAAGGAGAGACAAGACCAAGGCAGAAGGAAUCUGCCAUCCCUUCUUGUAAAAACAGAAGAAUGAAAUCAUUCUGGGGAAGGCACAUGUCUGCUGGGAAAACAUCAUCCCAAAAUUGCAACAUCACUAAUCAUAUGAAGAAUAGGAAUAAACUAGACGAUAUGAAAUUUUAUAUCAGGAAGAUAAAUGCUGAGAGGUUAGAACUUUUUCGAAUCUUGGACAUUGACAUGAAUACUGAUUUGAACUACAGGAUGAACAUUGAAUUCACCAUCAUUAAAUCACAACAUGAGAAGACAAUGUUGGAUAUGGAAAAAAUAACACAGUCAAUAAAUGAUACCAUUGAGAAGUACAAGGAAUUCAUAGAAGAUAAGGAUUCCUACAGGUGUGAAAUACUCCAGCAGAAACUGGAACAUGGAACAGACCAGCACAAGGUCUCCUUUGAAGAUAAAUUCUAUAGGAGGACCUCUGUGUGUGCAAAGCAAAUACUUCACCUCAUCCCCAGUAAUCAUGGCUAUCAUCUGCUGCAUUUUCUUCCUUUACUUUUGUUUCCUUGCAAUGAAUAGCCCUUAAUUUCAUCUGGGCUCAGGCUCAGCAAGAGUGAGCAUGUAGAGGGAUUCAGACAUGUGCUGAGACACAUCAAGAGCUGCUGGGAAAACAGGAAGAUUCUGAGUGUAAAUUUGUCUUGUCCUGAUAGGUCAUCAAGGAAAAUUAGAAAAUCAUUGUACAAAAUCACAAAGACUUUGAGCUAAAUUCUGUAACAUGUUUUCUGCUUAGUCUUGGGUGUCCAUAUUUUUCAAAACCAUACUCCAAAAAAGGAGACCUACUUACAUUCCUCUUGUAAAGAUUGUUACCAGAAGUAACUUAUUUUCUACUGUGUUGCCAAAGACAGCCAUUGGCUGUAAGUCUGUGCUGCAAAACAACAGCCAAAGAAGGCUCUUUAGCACAAUUCUUGCUUUUAGAUUUUGGUUUGAGCUUGGAUUACUUUUGUUCUUUGGUUUUCUUUAGUUUCAAUAGAAGUUUUUUUGUUUGUUUGUUUGUUUGUUUCUUUGGUGUUGUUUGGUUUUUGUAAUUGAUUUAAUAUUUUGAUAAGGCUAUACACUGUACAUAUUGACUGCCCACUUUUAGUUACUAUUGAGUAAAUUGGAUGUAUUCUUGUGAAUAAAACAGUGAUCUCUAA